AUGAACGGGAAGAAUGCCGGAGAAGUAACCAGGAGAGUUGACGUGGGACACGAUGACACGAAUCCGAAUGAGCCGACGCGCCGCCGUGAGAGAAGGCUGCUUGUAAGAAUCGAUCUCUUUGUUCUGCCUACUGUUAUCUUGCUGUACCUCAUGUGUUUCAUCGACCGCACGAAUAUUGGUAACGCCCGUCUCGCUGGGCUAGAAAAGGAUCUUGGGCUUGAAGGCUAUGAUUACAACAUACUGUUGUCGGUGUUUUAUGUGUCUUAUGUUGUCUUUGAGAUACCAGCGGCACUUUGCUGCAAACUGAUCGGUCCUGGUUGGUUCUUGCCACUCACUUCGCUCGGUUUUGGUGCCAUGUCCUUAGCGACAGCCUUUGUACAGACCCGCGCCCAAGCAUGUGCUGUUCGAUUCUUAUUGGGUAUAUUCGAAACUGGCGUAAUGCCUGGAUGUGCUUAUUACCUCUCACGAUGGUACAAAAGAUCAGAGCUGACGUUUCGUCUUGGGUUAUGGAUAACCAUGGCACCUCUCUCUGGAGCCUUCGGUGGCUUGAUCGCUUCGGCGAUCCUAAAAUUGGACUCUGUCGGUUCGCUUCAUGGUUGGCAGAUGAUAUUUGCAAUUGAAGGCAUCGUCACCAUGGUUGUUGCUUUGGUGGCUUUCGUCACACUGACUGACGGUCCACAGACUGCACGCUGGAUGACGGAGGAAGAAGUGCGGAUGGUGAUUGACAGGAUCAAGUCUGAGCGUCUCGAUCAGGAUGAGCUGCUUGACAAAAUCGACGCCUCAAAGCUCAAACGCGGCUUCUCCAAUCCUGUCACACUUGCGGUAUCGUUCAUCUUUCUGCUCGACAGUAUCACUGUCUUAGCUAUUUCAUUUUUCUUGCCGACCAUCAUUCGGACCAUCUACCCAGGCCGGUCUGUUAUCCAGCAACAGCUCUUGACAGUGCCACCAUACAUUGUCGGGGUGAUUUGCACUAUCCUGAUCACAGCCGUGAGCUGGCGGAUGAACUCUCGUCAGACUUUGAUUGCGCUUGCGGGAUUAUUCGUGGCUGUUGGAUACGCAAUCUUCCUUGCGACUAUGAAUGCGAGUGUGCGUUACGCGGCUGUUUUCCUUUGCGCAUCAACUUGUUUCUCGUUAGGCGCAAUGACGAACGCUCAAGUGAGCGCAAACGUGCUAUCCGACUCCGCACGAAGCAUUGCAAUUGGUACAAACGUCUUUUUCGGAUACGUUGGUGCUCUGAUCGCGACUUGGACGUAUCUGCCUGGCGAUUCUCCCCGUUAUGCAAUCGGCAACGGCAUUAACUUAGGUUGUGCAGUGACUUGGACUAUUCUUGCGAUCUGUACCAAAUUAUGGAUGGCACAUGACAAUGAGAAGAGGGACAAAAAGGAAGCAGAAGCGCAGCUGGAGCUCACAUUGCCCUCAGAAAGCGAUGUGACUAAUCUCGAGUGGAAGCAUCCAGGCUGGCGAUGGAAGCCGUGA